AUGAAUUUCAAGCUAUUUUGGCUGAGGCAGAUAAACCCAAGAAAAGGAAAAAAGGGUCAAAGAAACCUUCUAAGAAAGACUCUACGAAAGAAGGAACUUCUAAGACUUCGAAACCUACAUCUAAGAAGUGAAAGGCUCCCACUACCUCUACUGCUGCACCAAAGCGAAGGAAGCAAACCGCUAGAAGGAGAAAGUCUCCUACUCCUACUCCAUCUCAGAGUGAAGACGAAAAUUCAGAUUCUAAUACCGAGUCGGAGAUUCGCAUUGAGGAGGAUCCCCAUGUUCGCAAUGAAGAAGAUGAACCCAUUCGCACUAAAUAAUAAGAACACGUUCGCAAUGAGGAAGAAGAACAAGUUCGCACUGAGACCCCGUUUCCUAAUCGUGAGGUAA